CCCGGUCUGCAGCGGCUCUCGGGCUGGGAGCGAUCACAGUCACUCCUUAACCUCUCUGUUCCUCUUCUCCCCUGCCCUCCCUUCUUCUUGUCCUUUGGUGUCCCGAACCGUAUCCUGGGGCCCGCACUCCUGCACGGACUUCGGCGUGGACGGCGCACCGGGAGUGCGGGCCUGCGAGCCGUCCUGCGUGGCCUCCACCGACGCCCCCACCUCCCGGGCCCACCCCUCGGCGGCGCUGAUUGGACGCUUCUGGGCCACAUUCCCCCGCCCCCUGGCCCGGCAGGGUCCUCGGCCCAGCGGAAAGUUUUCUGUGCCGGGAGGAAGUUGGACGUUCGCAGAUUGCGAGAAAGCAGCUCCGGAGGCUGUAGGGGUCUGGGCCGCCAUGGAGGAGCCCCCUUUGAGAGAGGAAGAAGAGGAAGAGGAGGAGGACAAGGCGGGCCCCGAGGGGGCUCUGGGCAAGAGCCCCUUGCAGCUGACCGCUGAGGACGUAUAUGACAUCUCCUACGUGAUGGGCCGUGAGCUGAUGGCCCUGGGCAGUGACCCCCGGGUGACGCAACUGCAGUUCAAGAUCGUCCGCGUCCUGGAGAUGCUGGAGACGCUGGUGAAUGAGGGCAACCUGACGGUGGAGGAGCUAAGAAUGGAGCGGGACAACCUCAGGAAGGAGGUGGAGGGGCUGCGGAGAGAGGGCUCGGCCGCCGGCCCGGAGGUGGACCUGGGACCAGACAAAAUGGUGGUUGACCUGACAGAUCCCAACCGACCACGCUUUACCCUUCAGGAGCUGAGGGACGUGCUUCAGGAGCGCAACAAGCUCAAGUCACAGCUGCUGGUGGUGCAGGAAGAGCUGCAGUGCUAUAAGAGUGGCUUGAUUCCACCAAGAGAAGGCCCAGGAAGAAGAAAAGAGAAAGAGACUCUUGUUCCCAUGGGCAGCAAUGCCAACAGCAACAAGGAGGAGAAGACAAUCAUAAGGAAACUGUUCUCUUUCCGAUCAGGGAAGCAGACGUAGACCUGAGGCUACAACUGCGUUCUCAGACACAGAAGACAACCCACAAAGACGACUUCCACAAUCAUCUCUCAGUGCCAUGCGUACCCACUGCACUUGCUUCUUCACUUCCCCUCAAAGCCGUCCGAGGAGGAAGGGGUGAGGCUUUCUCCCUGGCUGCAGAACUGAACACCCCUGAAUGGUGGGCCAGGGCAGGAGAAGUGGUAAAAGAAAUUGAGAAAGCAGAAGAAAAAAACAGUGGGGCCACCUGCAGCCCCACUUCAACCACCCAGGGGGCCCCAAACACGUAGAUGUGGAUGCCAGCUCUGCUUCCCUGGGCCCACGUCUUUACCACACAGCAGUGAAAUACACCAGCCCAAGUGGGGAUGGGGAGAGGAUGCAGGAAAAGCUGGUAUGGACAUUGCAAUGAUAACUUCACUGAUAUUUAGUGAAUAUUUGAUUUUGCUCAUAUGAUUUUCUAUGUAUAAUUUUGUAUUAAAGUAAAACAACUUUUACACUU